AAUUUAACGAUUGCCAUCAAGAUUCGCACUGCUUAAACGACAUCAUUCGGUCGUAGGUGCGAUAGGGUUUAGGUUAGGGAUUCGUCGAAUCGAUCACUUACACUGCAAGUUUAUCAUCGGGAAUUAGAGCCAUCGACGAUCGCAAUGGUCUGCGAGAAGUGCGAGAAGAAAUUAUCGAAGGUGAUAGUACCAGAUAAGUGGAAAGAAGGCGCUAGCAAUACUACUGAGGGCGGUGGCCGGAAGAUCAACGAAAACAAGCUUCUCUCGAAGAAGAACAGAUGGACCCCUUACGGAAACACUAAGUGCAUUAUCUGCAAGCAGCAGGUGCACCAGGAUGCGAAGUAUUGCCACACCUGUGCUUACUCUAAAGGAGUUUGUGCGAUGUGUGGUAAACAAGUUCUUGACACCAAGCUUUACAAGCAAAGCAAUGUAUAGUGGACACCAGUCGUGUGCAAGAUGCCACAUCUUCUUUUAGGUGCUUAACAGCUUUGUUUUUCUGGAUAGUUGUCUAGAUGAUACUGAUAUCUUUGUAACGGAACCUGUAAAGAACAAAAGCAGCGCUUCGUAGUUUAAAUGUUGGAUGGCUUCUGUGUAACCUGGAAGGCCGUGAUUUGUGCCUUUUGUACCAUCAUUCUUUGUAAUACAAUCUAUUUUCAUGACAAUAUCAAGUGGCGGACCGCGAUGCUUUUUCCUUUGGACGCACCAAUGAGUACUGAGAGUAUACUUACAUAGUCUCUCUUGGUUAGGGUUCUUGGGAGAUGCUUCUUCGUUCCUCUGCUCUUGCCAACAAAAUAUUGUUAUGCUUGUCCUUGGCAAAUCAAUAAAUGCUUUCUCAGUUUUUUUGUUA